AUGUCGAUCCCACUCAGAGAAGGGUUUGUUGACGAAACAUUAGAGAGAUGCCUUGAAGAUUUAUUAGUUAGGUUUGUUGUGAAUUGUCCAGAAGAAGACCUUUCAUCAAUUGAACGUGUUUUGUUUCAAAUUGAAGAAGCACACUGGUUUUACCAGGACUUUUUAAGGACAUUAAAUCCACUUUUACCUUCAAUGAAGAUGAAGCAAUUUACAAAUACAUUGAUUGCACAGUGCCCGCUAAUAUGGAAAUGGGGUGAUCCAUCAGAAGCGCUUGCUCAGUUUGGAAAAUACAAGUCGACUAUUCCUGUAAGAGGAUGUGCACUUUUAACUCCAGCAAUGGAUAAAAUUCUACUAGUCAAGGGUAUUGAAAGUUCUUCGUGGGGAUUCCCGAGAGGUAAAAUAUCCAAAGACGAGUCUGACGUAGAUUGUGCUCUCAGAGAAUUAGAAGAAGAAACAGGAUUCGAUGCAACCGAUUUGAUCGAUGAGGAUGCUUUUGUUGAGAGAACGAUCAAAGGAAAAAAUUACAAGAUUUAUAUUGUUAAGAAUGUCCCCGAAGAUACCGUCUUUUCACCGAAAGUUAGAUGUGAAAUCGUUGACAUUCAAUGGAAAGAGAUCAAACAGUUAAGUAAAGCAGUCAAAACUUCAGGGAACUACUACCUUGUAGGAUCUAUGCUAAAGUCCAUUAUCUCAUAUAUCAAGAGGAUCAAGAAUAACGAUAGUGAACAGGAAUUGAAGAGGCUAGCAACGAUUCAAUUGAAGAAGAUCUUAGGCAUAAAUGAGUUUUCGACAGACAAGGAGGAAUAUGAGACUGCCGAUCCGGGUAGAGCUUUGCUUUCUGCUCUUCAAUCUUCAGCCAAGGGUGCUCAGGUUCCUACCGAGUUAGAAAAGCAAAUAGUUACACAAAACCAAACAAUGUUACAGCAGUACCCACAGCAAUUCCAACAACCACAACAACUGCAACAACAAUUGCCAGUUCACCCAAAUCUGCAAGGUCUUUCCAGUCAUCCAUUCAUGUCACCCAAUUUGUUAUCACUACAACAGAAUAGGAUGAUACCUGCACAUUCGCAUAAUCCAUUUGCAUUGCAGAUGUUUAAUCCAUAUAUGGCUCCAUUUGGAGUCCCUCCACAUAUGAUGUUUAAUAAUCCACCAGUUCCCCCAAUUAUGGGCGCCGGUGUUAGCUCCCAAAGUAUGCAACUUGCACCAUCUGCUUCAACAUUUUCCAAACCUCAAUUUUCUUUAGCAAACAAGAGGCAAUCGACGGAGAACAGCAAAGAACUUUUAAGCAUUUUGAAAUCGAAACCCAAGCAAGAGCAAAAGAAAUCGAAUAGUAUUGAAUUGCUGAAUAUAUUGAAAAAAGAGCCAGUUAAUCAGCAGUCCUCUCCAUCUUCAGCGCCAUCCUCAGCACCUGUACCAAUACGAAUUUUAAAGCGUGAAAAACCUCCAACCAAAGAAGAAUCCAAGCUAGACUCGUUUUCUGCAACUGAAGAGAAGGAACGCAGUAAUUCAAGAAAUGUCCAGGAACCACUUGAUAUCACGGAGCCUGCAAAUAAAGAAACUUCACGUGAUAUCAGUAAACCACUUUCUAGUGGAAAACCCAUUGUAUUAUUAAGGAAAAAUAGUAAUAUUUCUGCCUUUUCAACAACUGGUACAUCCAAACCAGAAACUAAGAUAGAACCACUUAGGGAGGCACCAUCAUCCAUAGGAGCUGGUGGGGUCGCUCAGAAAACAAAACAAAAGCCACAAAAAUCUUUAGAUAAUCUGAGUUUGCUCAACAUGCCAAAUCCGGACAAUAUUAAGGAUCCAUCAGCUGAAUUGUUAAAUAUACUAAAGAAUAGUCCAGCUACAGGGAACGCAACCCCCGCCAAUUCUACACCAGGAUCAAGAUCUGCAUCCGUAAAUGCGUCCAGUGAUCCUUCUAGAAAUUUAUUGGAUUUGCUAAAAAGUAAACCAACCACCCCUUUGCCAUUACGUACCUCACGAUCACCCGAAUUGGGCAGUUCUAAAGAUUUACUGGAUGUUCUUAAGGGAAAACCAAAUAACUCGAAUGAUCAAGUUUCGUCUCAAAAUCUAUCAAACAUGUCACAUGCCCAAUCAGGAACACCAGUAGCGGCAAGUCCAGAUAGUGACCCAUCAAAGAAUUUACUGGAUAAGCUAAGGAGCACUCCUAGAACCCCGGUAGUAACAGAUACCGAUCCUUCAAAAGAUUUAUUGAACAUGUUAAAGAGUAAGCCUACAACACACAAUUCCCCUGUUCCUAGUCAGUCUGCAGAUUUAUUAAGCACAAAAGCGGCUAAAACCGCAGCACCAAAUACGCCAUUUGUUGAUCCUUCGAAAGAUUUGCUUAGCCUACUAAAGGAUGAAAAAGUACCUCCAGUAUCAUCUGUCAUGGAUACAUCUGACAAGCUAUUAAGCAUGUUAAAAAGCAAAAAUGAUACUGAUGAAACUCCAGCUAAUAAAGAGGCAGAUUCGACUGCUGCUAUUUUGGAAGCACAUAAUCAAGCAAGGACUACUCCGAUUGCGGUUUCACAGGACGAAUUGGUCGACUUACUGAAGAAUGCCAAGAAAUCUACUGAAUAUAACACUACUCCAAACCAUACGACAACAUCAGCAACAACACCAUCGUCUAAACAAUCUGCAUGUCUGUUAUCUGUUCUCAAAGGACCAUCUUCACAGAAUGUGUCAGAUGUCACUUUCAACGACGAUAGUGACAGUGAUGACGAAGAGGAUGAAUUUCAGGAUUUUGAGGAUUUUGAUGAUGUUGACGAUAUUGAAGGUGAAUAUAUACUAAAUGGAGGAUUGUAUGCUGAUGAUUAG